GUGAUAAUUAUAUUUAUAGUAGUUAAUGGGCCCUAAACUGAACCUGCAAUAUGGGAGAGAAAUCAGGCAACCCGUACGAUAUGGACGGACCGUCCUUUGACGCGGAUCGUUACUUACAGAAGCUGCUAAAGGAAUGUUCCCUCAAGCAAAUAAUGGACACCGAGGCGGCAAUUGUACGCCAAACGCAAACCCUACACAGUGAUAUGCAAACGCUGGUGUACGAAAACUACAACAAGUUUAUCUCGGCCACCGAUACCAUUAGGAAGAUGAAAACCGACUUCAAAUCGAUGGAAACCGAAAUGAACCUGCUCAUGACAAACAUGCAGUCGAUCACGGACUUUAGUGAGCGCAUCACGGACACGCUGCAGGAAACGCGCUCCCAGUUGACGCGCCUGUCCGGCAAACAUCAGCUGCUGAAGAAGCUGCAGUUUCUAUCCUCCCUCCCAGCCAAGCUGAAGACGCUGAUUGAGGAGGAAAACUACCAGCAGGCAGUGCAGGAGUACUCGCACGCCCAGAAAGUACUGCAGCAGUAUGGCCAGCAGCCAUCGUUCCAGGGCAUCCAGGAGGAUUGCAUUAAGAUACUGGACGAACUGAAGGAUCGCUUGCGGGGUGAGUUCCGGCAGACGGGCAAGUCGGCCCAAUCGCUUACGGAAAUCGGAGAACUGUUGUUGCAGCUCGGCGAGCGACCGUCCUCGCUUGCCAAAGAGAUGCUUGAGUGUGCGUCCAAGCGUCUGCAUGAGCAGAUCGUCGUACUGCAGGAUCAAACCGAUCGCGACAUGAUCGAGUUCAUCGAUCUCGGCAUCGAGGGCUUCCUGAAAGACCUAACGCUGGUGAUUAGCUCGUAUAAUGACAUGUUUCUCGCGCGUCACCUCGACCAGGAGGCGGACAACUUCGAGCAGGUUGCGCGACUUGAUCUGAACGAGUUUGUUAAUCGAAACGUGGACGAAUAUUUGGCGUUGGUACAGGACAGGGCAGAGUUGGAGAUUGGCCACGGCGAUUCCCAGAUCAUACUGCGGGGGCUGGAUCGAUUGCAUCGGCGAAUGACCGCGAUGCGUACGCUCUGCAAGGCCGUUGACAUGAGCAAAUCCGGACUCGAUAUCAUCGUCAGUGCGGCACAGCAACUAUGCCAGGCGCAUAUGAAAUCGCUCAAGGAUCACUUCGCGGAUAGCUUGAGCUCCAUAAGGCUGGCACUGGUUUCGUCCAACACAGCGUCAGCAUCAAAUUCCGGAUCCGCGUCGUCCACACAGUCAACCUCCGUUGGUGCUGGCGGUGGUCAGGUUAAUCCACCUGCCGCAGGAACGGGCACGGGUGGACUGAGGGAGCUUAUUUCCAACCUGUACGUUUCCACCAUCGAGAAGGUGAAAGGACUUAUGCAGGAUCUGCUCAUCUUCCUCCAGCCCGAGUGGUCAUUCAAUCUCAAGAGUGAUCCUAAAGGCAUCCAGUGUAUCGAAGGUAUCCGUGAAAACCUGCUCGUCGCUUUCCUGCGUCAUUUCUGCUGCACCGUAAACGGGUACGGGAGCAUUAGCUCGACUGCACCGCCUACUCUACUGCUCGUCCUCUCCAAGGUGUGCCUCGAGAUGGAACGGGCCGGUGUUCACACACUAACCGCACUCGUCGAUGAGCUGUACAGUAUCGACUCCGAGCGUAGUGUAACGCUUGUACACGAAUCGGAACUGUGUGCGGAAAUGCGCGACUCGGCCCAGCUCUUACUCGACUCGUACGUCCGCCUGCAGGCCCUCAACCUUUCGCAAAUGCUGCGCAAGAGCGUGGAAACGCGCGAUUGGCUUAACUGUCUUGAACCACGGUCGGUACGGGCCGUGAUGAAACGCGUCGUGGAGGAAAUCUCCGCCAUCGAUCUCGUGCUGGGUGAGCUGUACGAUGGCAGCAGCCACGCACACGGUACCGGCUCGCGGACCACCGCCAGCAGCGAUUCCAGCCGGAAGACGCACUUCAGCAGCAUCGGCACUUCGAAGCAGUCGCAAUUUCGGUCGACCUGGUCCACCUACACGCCCCAAUCGCAAAUGGACAGUAGCUUCGUAUCGAACAUGCAACGGUUGUUCUCGGAGAAGAUCGAAAUCUUUGCCCCGGUCGAAUUCUCGAAGGUUUCGAUCAUUACCGGCAUCAUCAAGAUCUGCCUCAAAACGCUGCUCGAGUGCGUGCGUCUGCGUACGUUCAGCCGGUAUGGCCUCCAGCAAAUCCAGGUCGAUGCGCACUACCUGCAGAUGAACCUGUGGCGUUUCGUUAGUGACGAAAACCUUAUUCACGUGCUCCUCGAUGAAAUCCUGGGCUCGGCCGUGUUACGCUGCCUCGAGCCUAUCCUCAUGGAACCAAAUGCGGUGGAAAUUAUUUGCGAACGUAACUGAACGGCCCAAAGUUUGUUCAACAACCUCAGAGACAACCGAAAAUUCAUUCCAUGGCAUGCGAUGAACAUGCGUUUGAUGGUAAAAAAGUAUUCCAAUAAAAAUUGUAGAAGUAUUUAAAAUUCUGAUACAUGUUUCGGAAACAAUACAGCAUCCUUGUCUUUUUCGGAUAUGGUUUAAAAACGAAAUGAAUACCCACGCAUCACCAAAGGGUUGAUUUUUCAUUUUUCAUUAAGUUUCCUGCUGUAGUUUCAUUCCACAUUUUUCUUGUUUCUUUUUUAUAUAAUACAAAUGUAUGUACAGUACAAUCACAUUAAUCGUUAAUUUGUUUUGUGUUUUCACCAUUUCUUUUUU